CUGACGUCAGAAACCUGCAACUGAACGAAUGAACUAACGGAGCACUGAGCCCCUACCGGAGCUACCGGGAGGCAGUAGUGUUACAGAGCGAGUCCCCGCCGCCGCCCGCCCCGGAGGAGCCAAACGGAAGAACCGAGCAAUGCGCACCGCCGCCCAGUAACGCAGAAUAGACGAGUGGAGAAGAAGAAGAAGAAGAACAAGAAGAAGAAGAAGGGAACCGUUAUCGUGAUUUACUAACGGAGGAAAAAAAGAGAAAAGAAAGACACGGAUAAAGGACGGACCAGCUCCGAGACCACGCGUGAGAAGCGACCAGCUGCGGAGGCUAUAUCGUCUCGGUGUUGCGCUGUGGAUCAAACCGAGCGGAUCCCUGAUUUCAAUGCUUUAACGGUGCUUCUACCCGGCUGCCCAGAAAGAAACAGAGGGAUCGUAGAGGGAUCGAAGCCUGAGCAGAGAAAAGGGGGGCAAUAAACCAGCGAAGGAAAGAAAAAGGAUUUGCAAUUGAAGUUUCAUUCAUUCGUCUAAUUAUUGCGCUUUCUUCCGUGGAUCCCGGUACCGAUACUCUAUCAAGCUGUGUUCUCUGACCAUGGGAUGUACUCUGAGCGCAGAGGAGAGGGCGGCUCUGGAUCGGAGCAAAGCCAUCGAGAAAAACCUGAAGGAGGACGGCCUCACCGCGGCCAAAGAUGUUAAACUGCUGCUGCUCGGGGCCGGAGAGUCAGGGAAAAGCACCAUCGUCAAACAGAUGAAGAUCAUCCACGAGGACGGUUUCUCCGGCGAUGACGUAAAGCAGUACAAGCCCGUUGUUUACAGCAACACCAUCCAAUCUUUGGCCGCCAUCGUCCGCGCCAUGGACACGCUGGGCCUGGAGUACGGAGACAAAGAGCGCAAGGCGGAUGCUAAGAUGGUGUGCGAUGUGGUCAGUCGUAUGGAGGACACGGAGCCUUACUCUGCUGAGCUGCUCUCCGCCAUGAUGCGUCUGUGGUCUGACUCGGGCAUCCAGGAGUGCUUCAGUCGCGCACGAGAGUACCAGCUCAACGAUUCAGCGCAGUACUAUCUAGACAGCCUAGAUCGAAUUGGUGCGGCGGACUACCAGCCCACAGAGCAGGACAUCCUGAGGACCCGAGUGAAGACCACAGGCAUCGUCGAGACACACUUUACCUUCAAAAACCUUCAUUUCAGGCUGUUUGAUGUGGGAGGUCAAAGGUCAGAGAGGAAGAAGUGGAUUCAUUGUUUUGAGGAUGUCACAGCCAUUAUUUUCUGUGUGGCGCUCAGCGGAUAUGACCAGGUGCUGCAUGAGGACGAGACCACGAACCGCAUGCACGAGUCUCUCAAGCUGUUCGAUUCCAUCUGUAACAACAAGUGGUUUCAGGAAACCUCCAUCAUCCUCUUCCUGAACAAGAAGGACCUCUUUGAAAGCAAGAUCAGCAAGUCACCGCUGUCCAUCUGCUUCCCUGAGUACACUGGUCUAAAUACUUACACAGAGGGACUGGGAUACAUCAAGUCUCAAUAUGAGAGCAAGAACAAGUCACCCAAGAAAGAAGUGUACUCCCACGUGACCUGUGCUACGGACACCAACAACAUCCAGUUCGUCUUUGACGCCGUCACUGACGUCAUUAUAGCCAAUAACCUCCGAGGGUGUGGCCUGUACUGAUGAUGCUGUUAAACUUUGGCCAAUGGAUGCUGAGUGUUUGACUUGUAUGUGAGAGCCGGUCAAAUGUGGGGUCUGAGCUGAGUUCAUGAUGUCAUAGUACUCAUUUCUCAUACUGGCCAAGUUUGAAUUAACUGGUUGGUUGUUGGUGGCUGGUUGGCUGAGACAUCUUAUCUUUUUCAAUCCUAAUUAAGAACCGUUAUUUUAAGCGUGCCUUCUGUCUAAAAUCUGUUCUCGCUGCAGAUAUUUUGCACAAUACCGAAGCUGAGAAGCAGAACGAGAGACCAGCUGAGCCGACCACAGUCUAGUGUACUGAAUCACUCGUUUACUAGAUGUAUUUACUUUUUUCCCUUUGAUUUCAAUUUGUGUAUUCAUAUUUUUGUAUCAUAAAUUUGUGCCUUAUUUAUACCAAAAGUCGACGCAAACGUGCGUAUGAUUAGUCUUAGUGGGGGUCAAGUUUAGCUAAUUCAAAGCUUUAAUCAAAACUGACUUUAUUGCAGGCAUUUCAAGUACUGAGUGUAAAUUUCAGAGCUAUUAAGUCGAUGAAAAUAAUUGUAUGAUAUUUUCAGAGUAGUAGAGUUUUGGAGGGUUAAAUUCCCAGCAGCAUUUGUGCCCACUAAGAAGCUGAGGGGGGAGUUACAGCAACACUGUUGUGAAAUGCAAAUGAUAAAAAUAAUAAUCUAUAAUGAAUUUGGUAUGUUUUAUUUAAAUGGGAUUGCCACUUUUACGUUCCCAUAGUAAAAAACAGAGUGCACCCUGGUCACUAGUGGGUGGUCCACAGGGACACCACAGACACACACACCUGCUGGCGGCUUGUUUGUGCUGUGAAAUCACGUCAUUCUAAAGAGUCGGGCUGUGAGAACAUAUCACCAAAUCUUACUGCUGUGCUUUUAAUCUGAGUGGAAACGUUUUUGGCCCGUGUAGAUUUCAGUAAACCUCCUGAUUCCUCUUUUGAUUGAAUCUAAUUUCAUAGUGUAAAUGAGCGCAUAAAGAGGACGUUGUUGCUUGAGCCACGCCGCUGUCAUCGUUAAUCUCUGCAGACGCCAUUCCCGGCUGCAGGCUCAUCUCGCUUCUUGCAUGGGACUCCUUAAAAUCAAUUGAAACAAAGAGUCGCAGAAGCUUGUGCCGACUCCCGCGGACAGUUUCCGCCUAGAUAAAGCUUCAGCACAAGUAUUGAUUUUAAAGGGCACUGGCACUGCAUCCACUGUCAGGCUGCACCGUGCAAUAUCCCUGCUGUCCUCCAGUCCACCUUAAUAAACCAGAGGUGAGCUUUGAAAGAUUACAGACUGAUGUGUACGUCCUCUGGGACGCGAACGCAGACUACGAUUGUAUCCACGCUGUUCUCCUCGUAUCUCGACGUCUGUUUGGAAUCGAUCAUAAAGCGAACAGAGGAGUGACGGGCGCUGUUCUGACCCAGCUCAGAGAGAUCAGGGCAGUACUGGAGCUACGUCAUUAGUUCCUCCGUGUAGCCACAGUUAACAUCGUCACAUAGAAAGUGUUUGUCUGUGAGACGCGAUGGAGCCGAUGAAGCCGAGCGCGCUUCCCGCCAAACAGAGUCAUCUUUAUUUAUGAGAAGGGCAUUCGCUUUAUUCCGCUUUUCCAUCCACGCACAAACAACCAGAUGUGCCUCCUCUGCUCAGAGCCGCCAUUUUUGGAGCACAGGUAGAUGUCAUCAUCAUCGGCCCAUCCGACCACAUCUGUGCCAAAUUUAGAAACGGAGCGCUCCCUGAGGCUGUCGUUCAGCCUGCAUGCUGUGUGCCGUGCACUGAUGUGUAUUUUGUGUGUUCAUGUUUUCAGAUUGUAUAUAGUUACCUACAUGUGUCUGUUGAUAGUACAGAAAAGGUCAUGGCGUGUGUGUGUGGGUGUACGUGCUCAUGAACGUGUGUGUGUUGUGUAAGAGACGACAUCAGCCCAUGGGUGCUGCGGUGGAGUCAGCAUCUGUGGAUUAAUUACCCAGAGGGCACCUAUCUACCCUUUCAGCACAGACAGGCCUCAGACACACAAACACACUCACGGGGCUUCAAAAUGUCACAACACCUUACUUGCCAAAUAAUACUGCAGUUUCCAGCCAAAGAGGUUCACACGGCCACACAGCGAGCCGCUGCCACGACUGCUAAAGGCGCUUCAUCGUCGUCUCCUCGGACUGAUCUGUUACAGAAAGGAAAACGAUCUCUGCGUUCUGAGUCUCUCCUUAGUUUUCACUCUCAGUAGCUUCAUUCAUUCGCUACACUUUGCAUGAAGCUUCUGUUCCUUCCAAACACAAAGCGUUUAGUGUUGACAGGCUGAAAUCGGUGCUUAAUCCCAUCGAUGCAAAAAUCAAAGUUCUUCUAUAAAUUCGGAUUUUUUUCCUAAACUGGGGAAUGAUCGCGUACAGAGUUCAAACACGAUCCUUUCCCUCCCCGUCUAUGCAGUGCAGAGGUUAAUAUCAUUGCAAUCGCACAUUUCACUCGUAAUAAAACCAAAUCUCCUCUUACCAAAAUGAUUUCCCUCUGUGUGAUACGCGUAGGAGCACAACUGUGCGUCUGAUGCAACAGACAGGGGCGCAUCUAGAGAAAUUUUCUUAGGGUGGCAAAGAAACCAAAUGGGGUGGCAAAA